AUGGCCGCCCGUCCACCAAACUUUCUCCGCUACUUCCGUCUUCAAGCAGCUCGAACCCCACGGGUGCAUCCGUCGCGGUCUAUUUCCACACCCACUCCUUCACAGCCCCCGAAGACAUCACAAACAAGCCCUAAAGACUCUCGCUCUCGCCUGCGUCGAUUCAAUGACCGUCUCCCUCGUUUUCUCCGCACAUAUACCACACCGUUACUCGGAGCACCGGUCACCCACAUCACCUCAUUCCUAAUACUUCACGAGGUCACUGCCAUCCUUCCUUUGUUUGGCCUAGUUGGCGCAUUUCACUAUGGUGCUUGGAUGCCGAAUCUGGCGUCGGAAACGGACGAGACUAACGCCUUUGACGAGGGAGCUGCUCGCUUUGGCCGCUGGCUGAAAAAGAAAGGUUGGGUGGAUGAGGAUGACGCAAAUACCGUUGCGGAGCAUGAGGCCACAGGUGUAAAAAAAACAGAAACUGCUGGGGUGCGACUGGUGCUGGAAUUUGCUACGGCCUAUGCGAUCACGAAGGCUUUGCUGCCAGCUCGGUUGGCGGCAAGUGUUUGGGCGACGCCGUGGUUUGCAAGGACUGUGUUUACACCGACAGCGAACAUCGCUAAACGGCUCUUCAAAAGAGGUUGA